AUGGCAGGGAGGAGGCUGGAAACUGGGGGAGGAACAGAGCCUGGAGAGCAGGAAUGGAGUAGAGUGGUGGAGGAAGAUGCCACCCAGAGGGGAGGGGCCCUGGGGAGGUCCUCCUCUGGGGGUGGAGUUGAAGGGCUGGUGAGAGAUGGAGCCGCCCACCCCAGGUGGGUGGGGAGACCUCUGACACCCCCUGCCUGCAGUGUGGCCAUCCUUUUAUACCUGAGCCGCAAGUACCAGACGGAGGCACACUGGUACCCGCCCGAACUGCAGGCCUGCACCCGUGUGGAUGAAUACCUGGCCUGGCAGCACUCGGCCAUCCAGCAGCCCGCCACCAACACCUACCUGUGCAAGGUGAGCCUCCCUGCUGUAUCCUGCAGGCUUGGGCAGGCGCUAUUUUUGGGGUCUCCAAAAUCACUGUAA